AUGUCACGAUCACGUGAUAAAACCGGUGGUAACACAGAACCGAUGCCGUUUGUACGAAAAUUUGGUGCGGCAGCGGUUGCUGCAGCUGCGGCUGGUGAACCGAUUGUUGAAUCAAUGGAGAAUGCGGAAGAAGGCAACAACGGGAAUGUUUCAGAAUCCUAUGCCCCAGCAGUUCCGGAAUAUUUAUCACCAAAACAGCGUUCCUCCCGUUCACGAUCUCGUUCUCGACAUAAGCGUAAGCGAUCGCACUCACGGAACCACAGUAAACGCCGUUCACGUUCCCGUGAUAGACGUCAUUCACGAAAGCGUAGCCGUAGUAGACGCAGCCGCAGUCGUAGCAGAAAAAGUCAAAGUCGCAGUCGUCGACGAAGUCGCAGUCGAAGUAGACGGAGUGGAAGUCACGGUAGACGAAGUCGGAGUAGAAGCAAACACAGAAGGCGUAGAGGUCGCACAGGAUCUCCAUCGAAAGGAUCUGAAGAACGGAGUGAAGGUCAAGAAAAUCAAAUUAGUGCUAACACCACUGGCUCUACAAAAUUAAAAACUGCACAAGGUGUACUCCCAAUUUUGGCACGUCCUGAAGUUGUUGACAAACUGAAAACUGAAGAUGACGGAGCAGGUGAUACAAGUGAAAUAGGCCAACAGGAAAAGAAGCCUCGUAAAUCGCGUUGGAGUACUAACAAAUCUUUUGUACCGGGCAUGCCAACGAUAUUACCGUCCAACCUCAGUGAUGAUCAGCGACAAGCUUAUUUGCUUCAAUUGGAAGUGGAAGAUGCAACGCGAAAAUUACGUCUUGGCGAUUUCAUGGGCAAUCCGGAUCCAGCCUUAAGAAGUCCUUCACCGGAACCAAUUUAUGAUGCCAGUGGUAAACGCCUGAAUACCCGUGAAAUACGAAAAAGACAAGAAUUGGAGCAAUUGCGCCACGAAAAAAUUCAAGCACUGUUGAAAUUAAAUCCAAAUUUCAAGCCACCAGCGGAUUACAGAGCACCAACUAUACGGUUGCAUGACAAAGUUUGGAUACCACAGGAAAAUCAUCCCGAAAUUAAUUUUGUGGGAUUAUUGAUUGGUCCACGCGGAAAUACUCUGAAAGCUCUUGAAGCAGAGACAGGCGCCAAAAUUAUAAUUCGUGGUAAGGGCUCGGUAAAGGAAGGAAAAUUGGGACGUCGUGAAGGGCCAAUGCCUGGUGAAAAUGAGCCCCUUCAUGCUUACGUGACAGGCACCGAUUAUACGGUUAUAAAAAAGGCUUGUGAAAAAAUAACAUCAAUUAUAAAUGAAGCACUGAUGAUACCUGAUGGUCAAAAUGAAUUGCGUAAGCUGCAGCUGAGAGAGCUUGCACUUUUGAAUGGUACGCUACGACCUGAGGAUUUGGCAAGCGGUGCUCGAUGUAGUAAUUGCGGUUCUGAUGAACACAAAACAUGGGAAUGUCCGGAUGCUCCAAAUGUUACUGCAAAUAUUAUUUGUACUGCGUGUGGUGGUGCGGGGCAUAUUGCGAAGGACUGCAAAAAUCCACGGCCUGGUAGCGGGGUGUUUAAUAUUGGAGAUGGUGGCAUGGAUGAUGAGUACACAGCAUUGAUGGCUGAGUUGGGAGAGAAACCGGCAUCGAAACCAUACGGUGCUCCAGGAAAAGCAGGCUUAGGAACCGGAAAUGCAGGGUCUGGUUACAAGCCAAAGAAUUAUUCACUACCGUCGGGUACACCAAUUGUUCGAAUCAAUUUAGCGAGACAGGAAGGUGUGGAGGGGUAUUCUUCAAAAGGUGGUGCACCAUCGUUGGGUAGCAGCGGUAUAUCCGGAUCAACCGAAGGUAUUCACUUUUUCAAUACACCGCGACCACGACCAUCAUAUAUGCCCAGUGCUGCUGCUUGGGGUUCACCAGCGGGUCGUGGUUGGGGUGGUGUACCACCACCGCCGACGAGCCGAUAUCCUAUGCCCGUUCCACCGCCACCACCACCGAUGUCGCUCGGACUUGGUUUCAUGCCACCACCGCCACCACCGCCAGCACCGGUACCGAAAAUGGAUCUCUCAAGCUUGUUAGCACCACCUGCUCCUCCCCCACCCCCACCGUCGUAA